AUGACGUUAGCCUGUGUAGCAGUAGAAACAUUACAAAAGAGAGUAGGUGGUACCUCUAAAACAGAACUGGCAAAGGAGACAGAAAAGGCAGGACCAUCCGCGCCAUUAUAUCCUAAACUGCCUGGGGUACAACCACCGCCCCCAUAUCCUGUAACACAAAUGCCACUCAUGUAUGUUCAAGAAGGGGUGUUAGAUGUGCAAGAUGUAGGCACAAGAGAGUUUAACAAAGCAAAAGAGAGAUUGGCGGAAGCAGUAGAAGAAAGUAUCAGGAAAGUAGAAAAACUAAGACUCGAAGCCGAACAGACAGUUUUGGAAGUGGAGGAAGCGAACAGGGUGAUAAUGACGCACAGCAGAAACAAAGAGCAGUCAAAACAGGGCAACCACUCGUCAGUGCAAGAGCCAGAUGCUCAUUCAACACCGUAUAGUGCUGAGAAUGAAAAGAGGGGAAGAUUACAAGACUCAGGUCAGUUACUAGAUGACGGGUUCUUAGACAGAAGAAGGAGAGAUUUGAGGGAAGAACGAGACAGAGAGAAAUUGGAUGGGGAGGAGUCUCAAAAUAGUACGGACAUUGAGGACGAAGAAUCCCUGACAGAGGAUGACCCACACACCUACCCUGUCACUUUGAAAGGCUCACUCACAAUGCAUACCGAACAUGGUCCUCCACUGAAGCGCCUACCUGAACCAAGUUACAACCUGCAUCAAAGAGACACAUUACGACAACCCACAAAAUAUCAGCACCACCAAAUGCCAUUAAUUUACAGAGGCUCCUACAUGGGGGAUGUUUAUCAGCCCUUCACAUUUACUGACAUGAACUGCAUUCUGGAUAAAAUGCCCCCACCCAUGGAGGGCGGGAAAGAAGGUGUGGCGGGUGUUGUUGAACUAACUGCAGAACAGUUGGAAUGGUAUGAGAUGUCUGAAGAAGCUAUACCUCAUGUCACAUUGGCCGUGCAUGCUAAACAUCAGGCCAAGGAUCUGGGCCCUAUGUCCAAACGUUUGAUGGCGCUAACUGAUUGGGUUUGGACUCAGCUACCCGGUUUACAAUAUUCACCAUCAGAUGAAGCCUACAGAAUUAUGUAUAGGACAACUGACAAGAGACAAUACUCACACAAACCAAAGGCUGAAGCCGGCAUUGCUGACACAAUUGAAGGUUUGUUAGCAGUAGGGGUGCUAGAACCCUCCUGGUCAGCCUGGAACACCCCCAUUCUACCGGUAAAGAAGCAGGAUACAAGUAGAUAUAGGAUGGCGCAUGAUCUCAGACGGACCAAUUGUGUUGUUUCCACUCCAACAGUUCCAGUUCCAAACCCAUACACUGCGAUGUCUGUGCUGACCCCUGACCAUAAGUGGUUCUCGUGCAUUGAUCUGGCCAAUGUCCCUGAUCAUUUGAGGGACAUUUUCUCAUUUACCUACAAAGGCCAACAACUACGUUAUACAAGGGUCCCUCAAGGGUUCAUUUUGUCGCCGGGGGUGUUUAAUCAGGUACUAAAAUGGCAGCUGAAGGACCUUACACUCGAAAAGGGGGUGAUACUGGUCCAGUAUGUGGAUUACAUGUCUUGUCUGGAAGCCACAAAGUCAUUGUUGGUUCAACUGUGUAACAUUGGUUUCAAAGUCUCAAGGGCUAAAUUGCAAUGCUGCAGACAAACGGUGUCUUUUCUGGGUAGAGUUAUUUCCGCUAAAGGAACAGGUGUGUCUCUGUCCCAUAGAUCCUCCAUUCUGCAUCAUACCAAACCAGUCACUGUAAAAGACAUGCUCUCAUUUCUUGGGUUGGCAGGAUACAGCAGACAGUUCGUUGCAUCAUAUGUGGAGCUCACUUUCCCUCUGAGGGCCAUGGUAAAUGAGCAAGGCAUGAGAAAUUUGUCGGCCCAUUUGCAGUGGACCACGGAGGCAGACGAAAGUUUCAUAUUUCUCAAACAGGCCCUAACGCGGGCUGCUGAUUUAGCGAUCCCGGAUUACAAAGAGCCAUUUUUCCUCGAUAUUUCUUAAAAAUUACACACAAUAAAUGGUGUUCUUUUUCAGAAAAAAGGGGGAGGCAGGCAGGUGCUGAUGUAUGUAAGCGUUACCCUUGACCCAACAGAAGACAGACACCCAUCAUGUACGAGACAUGCAGCAGGGGUAGCAAAAAUUCUCCAAAAGGUAGCACAUCUAGUCAUGGGCCAUUCACUAACGGUACUGACGACGCACAGUAUAGUGGCCUAUGUGAACUCAGUAGCCUUCACAAUGACGUCACUACGGCAAAUCAGGUUAGAUAAAAUUCUUAGUGCACCACAUAUAACUUUCACACACGAAGGAAUCAACAUGGCUGACAACAUGGGAGAAGGAGAACCACACAUGUGUGAGGAAAGGGUGCAGAGAGACGUCAAAGUCAGGGCAGACAUACAGGCAAAUCCACUAGUAGACCCAGAAGAAGUGUUGUUCACAGAUGCUUGCUGUUACAGACAUCCAACUGAAGGACUUAAAGCAGCCUAUGCAGUGGUGCGACAGACAAGUGAGGGAUUUGAGGAAGUGUUGACAGGAAAAGUGACAGGCAAAGAAUCAGCCCAGUUGGCUGAAUUACAGGCAAUGAUAGCUGCGUUAGAAUGGUCAGAGGGAAAAAGAGUGAACAUCUACACCGACUCUGCAUAUGUGGCAGGGGCUGUACAGGUAGAACUCAGUCAAUGGAUCAGAGCAGGAUUCUUAACAGCAGCAAAAACCCCAAUCAACCAUGAAAAAGAUGUGAAAGGAUUAGCUGAGGUCCUAAUGAAGCCCGCAGAAGUGGCAGUGGUCAAGCGUAGAGGACAUGACAAAACUGAUACAACAGUAGCUAAGGGCAAUCAGGAAGCAGACUUAGCAACAAAAAAAAGCAGCAGGAUAUACAGCCCAGUAGAUAAUGAUGCAAACAGAGAGAACAGUGUCUGA